UAGAGCCACGUUUUUUGGUUCAGUUCGUUGACCGUUUCGAUAAUACAAAGUAUAAGUUACAAUUCGAUAUAAUAUGAUAUACCCGUUUUUAAUGAAAUUCAAAUUAAAUAAUUAUAUCGAAUACUCCAUUAACCGUACCUAGUUAUUUUUUGUGACUUAAAUUACCAUCAUGUUCUAUUUAGAAGAUUUUCUGGAAAAACUUGAACUCUUACCGCAAGAGAUAAAAAAUCGUACAGCAGAAAUUGGAAAACUAGACUCGCAAGUAGAAAAUUCUAUGAACUGUAUAAAAUAUAAUGUAGACACUUUAUUUUCAAAAGCUGACACUAUGAACCCAGAUGAUUUGAAGAACAAAUUUAAGACACUUAUGAAAGAAGGUGACAAAACUCUUAAACAGUCUGAUUCGAAAAUUCAGAUUGCUAAUGACAUGCAAAAACUCGUAGAAAAAUACAUAAAACGAUUGGAUCUUGAAUUAUAUGGAUUUAAAACUGAAUUGGAAGCUGAUAAAAGUGGAAUUACAGAACUUAUUGAAAAAAGAAUUUUAGAUUCAGAUCAAAGCAAUACACUCAAUCAUAAAGAGAAUAAGUAUGAAACAAACAGAUAUAUUUUUGGAGAAACAGAAGAAGUCUUAAAUAAUGUUAGCAGUGUCAAUCAAAAAAUUAAUGAGGUAACUUCAGAUGCAUCCAUUACUGAAGAAUUAGUAUCUUAUUUUCAACCUGAUUCUGGAUGCUCGGCAACUGCAGCAGUUGUAUCUGAAGCUAUUGCUUCUUGUAAUAAGUUGUCUUGUGAGCAUAGGUCAUCUGGUUUGAAAGCAUCUUUUGAUGCAAUUAAUUCUAACCAAAUUAAAGACAAAUCAGAUUUUUUAUCAACUGCAUCUCACGUUAAUAAAGAAAUCACACAAUUAAAUAAAUCUAGUAAUAACCAAACAAAAAAAAAUAAAAAACAUAGAAAAAAAAUUGUAAGUAAAGAAAUAUCAAUAAUUGAUGAAGAUGAACCAAUUGAUCCUAAUGAACCUAAAUACUGUUUAUGUAAUCAAAUAGCUUAUGGUACAAUGGUGGCUUGUGAUAAUAAAAAGUGUCUACAUGAGUGGUUUCAUUAUGAGUGUGUUGGUAUUACAAAUCCACCACAUGGAAAGUGGUAUUGUCCUAAGUGUAUCAUCAAAAUGAAGAGAAAAAAAUAAACAUUUUUUUUUUUUUAUAAUUAUGUUUUUUAAUAUAGUUGUUUCCAUUCUAUAUU